AUGCUUCACAGAAUUCAACACGGGCACGACGCCCAUCACGAGCACCAUAUGCGCAACUCAACUGAAGCUCUCGAACAGGCACGAGGCGAUGGCAAGCGCCAUAUUCUCCUCGCCGCCUCUGGUUCCGUGGCGACAAUUAAGCUCGUUCAGAUUAUAAAUGGUCUCAAAUCACAACACAACAUCUCCAUCCGUCUCAUCCUCACUCGAUCAGCAUCGGAAUUUCUCUCAGGACAAAGUCUUGAACAACCCACUGUUGAUCAAAUCUCUCGUCUUCCGCAUGUCGACGCUGUUUAUACAGAUGCGCAUGAGUGGGCACAGCCGUGGAAGCGCAAUGCACCGAUCUUGCAUAUUGAGCUACGACGCUGGGCGGAUGUUUUGGUUAUUUCACCAUUGAGCGCGAAUACUAUGGCCAAGAUUGUCAACGGCAUGUGCGAUAAUCUCUUGACGUCUGUUGUUCGAGCUUGGGAUGUUACGGGGACUGUGGACGGUGUUAAGAAGAAGAUUCUUGUCGCGCCUGCGAUGAACACUUGUAUGUGGAAUCAUCCCAUCACUGCGAGACAGCUGCGAGUCUUGGAGGAUGAAUGGGGUGGAGAAAAUGGUUGGUUUGAGGUUCUGAGACCGAUAUCAAAGAAUUUGGCUUGUGGCGAUGUUGGAAAUGGUGCCAUGGUUACGUGGGAGACUAUCGUUGAGGCGAUUGAGAACAAGAUCAAGGCUUAG